AUGUCCGAUACCAGCGGAUUGGGCGUCUUCGUAGGAUCGAACGAAGGUGAUAUCGCACUCAUCCGCAAUGCAGACUACGAAGAUCGGGAGGCCCCAUGGGCACUCGAGCGUGUAUGGUCAACGGGCCACAGUGGCGUUGUCAGGUCGAUGUUAUGGGAUGAACGGCACAACGUCCUCCUCACGGGCGGCGAAGACGCCCAAAUCCACCUCUGGUCCGCUCCUGCCAUUCCCGCUGGCUCAUCGUCCGAAGACGAUAUCCAAAUGGAGGGCGAGGAGGACGAUGUUAUGGGGAGUUUGAGCCCGUCGGGGAGGAAGAGAGUCUAUGAUCAUGAAGGAGAUGUGGAGAUGGGGGAUGUAGGGAAUGAUCCGAAGAAAUUGAAGCGGGGGUAG